AUGGACAAGAUGGUGAGCAAGAUCAAAAGUUUGGAGAAGAAGGUUUCUGGUUCUUCAAGCAAGAAGAAGAAGUCCAAGGCCCCCACAUUCCCUAGGAGUAGAUCUCCUCACCACUCCAAGGAGGCUCCCUGCCCAAGAGCCUCACAGAGCCUCUUCUUUCGAGCCAAGAGAAGGAGAAGACAACACGCAGAGAAGGAGGAAGACUUCCAAGGCCAGACGCUCCAGCUCGACCACCGGACUCGAUCGAGUCCAAACAGAGGAAACUCAACUCGAUCGAGCUGA